AUGCAGGCAAAAGGUUGGCAGCGGGUGGCAGAUGGAAGCCACCUCGGCCAGGACACCUCCCCUGAGCGCGGCGAGCAGCAAGCCCUGCAGGACGGGGCUCCCCCAGCGCUCAGCAAACUGCCCGCAGGUUUAUGCUGUUCCUUGUGCAGCAGCGGUUGGGUUUAGUCAGGUCCUACUGGGAUAUUUGUACGGAAGUCAAAGAGAAGGGAGGCUACCUCUUGCUGUUCAGGCUUGCGCUGAUUCUGCACUGGGUAGAGGCAUCUGGGUGACUUUGUGCAGUGAAGCCGUCCUGAAUAACAGAAUCCACAGAGUCACAUCUCAGAGAAGGAGUAGAGAGAAAUGCUUUGUAGUUUUUGCUGCUAAGUAAAAAAAAAAAAAAACAAAAACCAAACAAACCACUGAUUUAAUUAACAAUUUAAAAUACUUUUUUUUUCCCGCCAAGGCAAACAUUUGGAAGUCUAAAGUUUUUUAGGGGGGUAAAGCAAAGAUAAUAAAGGUCUUGAUUUGCUUGGGAGCCUGCAGUCCCUGCGGAGUGCUGUCAGACAGCGGCUGCCUGUGAGGACACCCCUGAGCUACCAGCUAUUAUGCUGUAGUGGGUGGCCAGCUGGUGUCCUGGGUGGCCAGUUGGUGGCCCAAGGAGAGAACAAGGCAGUUCUAACUGGCCACUGGAAACACUAACAUGUGCUGGGUGGAACCAGCCUAGGGCUGGCACCGAGCUCCGGCUGAUGAGCUGCUUUAUGGGAACAAGAUGCUGGGAAACUCGAGCUGGCUCUCCAAGGAGCUGCCUCCUGUUGUGUCAGGGCUAACAGCGAGCCAACCUGUUUGUGUGGCACGAUACCUGAGCCCUGGGCCCCAGCUGCCUCCUGGCCUUCCCCAGGUACUAUGUGCCCCACAAAACUCGCUGCUGACCAGGGUGUCCUUCCCUCUCGCUGCCCAACUGAGUAGCUGACAGCUGGUGAUGUGGAUCCAGCCUCCAGAUAACCAGGGGAGAUUAGCUUCAAGCCUUAAUUGUUGUGACUCCGGGGUUAUCUGUGAUACAGCACAGUUGGUAAUACUUGCUCUGCAUAAAUAGUAGUUGGAGCAGGACAGGAGUCCAGGUGUCACAUCUCCCAGGCAAGUGUUCUGUUGAUCGUCAGGCCAAAUUAGAGCUUGUCUCACUGAAUAAAUAGUUAUUGGAUACAAAGUGGGUCAGCUGCAGUAAGAAAGAACUGAGGAAGAUCUAGUCCAGAGUACCCUGUAAGUCAGGGCUAGAAGAGAAGCUUGAGCAAUGGGACGCUUUGGUUCUUCAUCUUGGGGGGGCAGGAGCUGCCCCUUCCUCUGCAGUAUCCACAAGCACAAAAAGCAGUUGGUGAAAAUGUUUCUGACGUGUUACUAAACUGGGUUGUCCAGAUGAAGUUAGUAAGCACUGUUGUGUUGAAAUAGAGGGGACAGGAGACCAUGCUGUGUGACUUUGAAAACAUGCCAAAAAUCAGGGGGAAAGCUCAGGUACAGGAGGCGAUCUAACAACUCUGUACUAUUUGAGGGCUGCAAAAAUCCUGUUUUCAGAAUUGCAGCUGAGACAAAGCCAGAAGAGAAUAUACACUUGUGUCUUGACUUUAAAAAUAUCUGGGCAAUCACACAUGCAGCUACUGUAAGUGGCCUUGCAAUGCCGCUAUUUGUGCACAGUGACAUCUUGUUAGCUGUGUGUUCGGCUCAACCACCGAUCUGCAUUGCUUAGUCGGUUGGAAUCUAAGACUUAUAUGUGGUUUGCAAAAGUUGCUCCAACAGCCAAAAUCAGGAAAAUAUUAAAUACAAAUGUUAAGCAUGUAUGUACAUAGGUUUAGCUAUGUCAGAGCUGACAUGUGCUCUGGUAUCCUUCUACCCUGAAAUGAAAAUGAAACGAUUUCUUUAGGAGGGGUGCAGGUAUUCACUUCUUCGCUUGUACUAAGUGAGAAGACUUCUUCAUGACAAUGUAAUUUUAAGUAACAUUCAAGCCAGACUUAACAGGCUUUUCUGUGCAUUUUACUGAACCACACUGCAACUGCAUCUAGCUCUGGCUCCCUCCUAUUAUGGGAGACAAACUGGAACUGAUCUAGACAGUAACAUUUUAACCUCGUUAAUGAUAACCUAGCAGAAGGUAAAGUGGCAACUCGGGCUGCUGAGGAAAACAAACAAACAAGAGCAGCGAGCAGCUGACAAACCCGAGUGCAGGACAAGGAGUGACACACGGAGGAGUGACACACCGCAGCUCAUUUACAGCCACUCACCGUGUUCGGCAGCCGGACACAGGGCUGCAGUUACCCCGUGCUUUUAGGACGUAAAGCUUUGAGCCCUUCGCUGGGCGCUGCGGAUGCUGGGCAGCUCGUGGUGCCCCCACCAGUUGCAGCUGCUUUCAUCCCCCUGGUUCCUCCCAGCGGCAAGCAGGGAGGUAGCUGAAUACCUGUUGUGUGCUUGCACGUACACAUGUGACAGAGCGUGGGGCUGCACCUUUGUAACACAAAAAGAUCUUGGAGUAGGAUUGUUUUAUGCCAGUUAGAUGCUUUUGUUUAAUAUAACAAGAAAUCAAAUAGUCAUUUGAGCAGUCUGGAAGUACUUUUCACUGGAGCCACAGGCAGGGAUUUCAGGAGCUUAGAACGACCCUAUUGCCCCCUCCCCUCUUCUCCCCCAAGCUUUUCUCCCAGACAUUUAGGAGGUCACAUCCUGUGAGAUGGGAAGAGAAGGGGAGCAGCUUUUAGCCUUGACAGGGCCGUGUUCCUGCAGCAGCUGUGGUGGAGUCCUGCUUGUACCACCAGCAGGUCAGGAGCAGGCUGAACCUCAGCGGGAGGACAUGAGUCAGGUUCACCUUGCCCUUAAUCCAUGUGAAGACCCGCUGGAAACACGUUCUAGAAAACAGUUUUCAGUCUCCUGAUAUAUUCUGUUGUGUCAAAGAAGAGUCUGUCCAAAUGAGCAAGACAUCCCAACAGAACACCGCUACAGAUGCGAACGGAGUAAGUGUGAUUCACACCCAGGCGCACACCAGUGGUUUGCAGCAGGUUCCCCAGCUGGUUCCCGUUAGUCCUGGUGGUGGAGGCAAAGCUGUGCCUCCAAGCAAACAGGGAAAGAAAAAUUCCUUUGUGGAUAGAAACAGUGAUGAGUAUCGUCAGCGCAGAGAGCGGAACAACAUGGCAGUGAAAAAGAGCCGGUUAAAAAGCAAGCAGAAAGCACAAGACACGCUGCAGAGGGUCACCCAGCUCAAAGAAGAAAAUGAACGUUUGGAGGCAAAAAUUAAGCUCCUAACCAAGGAGCUGAGUGUACUGAAAGACUUGUUCCUUGAGCACGCACACAACCUCGCAGACAAUGUGCAACCUGUUGGCACUGAAACCACCACAACAAACCCAGAGAACAGCGGACAGUAGGCACCGUCGCAACCUCAUGAAAUGAACUCUCGAGGUACAGCUUGUCUGCACCACCCAUGCAGUAACUGAGGAAAAGAUGUGUUCUUUUAACCGUCAUUUCUUGGAGAUCUUUUUAGGUUUAACACUGAAGAUUUGAUAUGAUUAAACCAGAAACUGCUUAGGCUAUUUGUUUAAAAGCGUUAAAUAUUUUUCUCCUCUGGAAGAUUUGUCUAACAAAUGCAGAUCUAAAUUCAUAGUCAACAAGGAGCUUAGCAUUAGGGAAAUAACAUGUUCACGGAAGUGUACUUACCUUCUUAUAUUUUGCGUAAUGGGAGGAAUCCAUCGGGAUGGUUCACUGUAGUAUCAGUAAAUCAUAACCGGGUGAAUUGUCUUUUAAAUACUUUUUAGUGUAUUUAAGCCCGUUGUUUUCUCCAUUAUGUAUUACAAACUGCAAAGGCCAUGGAGAGAGUCUGCUGUCCUGUCAACUACUUUAAACCUGUAGAGCAAGUCCUAUAAAGCACCACUUAGGUCUUUCAUAUCUGGCUAUAGUUAAUGGGGAGGGUGUAGUAUUAGUGAGCUAGGAUGCUUACUGAUGUUUUCUAGAAAAACAGCAAUAUACUAUAAUAAUAUAUACAGGCAGUUGGCUUCCAAAAGGCAAAUGAUAGUCUGAAUCAAGUAUAAGAGGUAAAGCAGCACACUGACAAAGUCUUUUAAGCCUGUGUUCACGUUAACAUUGCUCACACAGUGACUCUGGGGCCUUAAGAGAACAAGAUUUUGGUUUUCAGAAAAUGGCAAAGUACUACCAAAAACCUCUGCUCUGCAAAACUGCAUUCUUGCUGGGGUGCAGGUAUCAGGGAGAACAAAAUGCGCAGCUUGGCUAAGCAAUGAAAGGAUUAAGGCAGCAUCUGUACAGCCAGAAUGUAUGGACCACUGCUUGCUGACACUCAUUUCCAUUUUCAUGGGCGUUCAGAUUUGUAGCUGAGUUCGUAUAGAAAGUGGUUUUAAAAAUAAAUGGCCCUAGUUUGAGUACCUGAUUCAGCAGAAUUUCUAUUGCCAUCAUAGAGUUGCGUGAAGGAGUAUCUUCAGUCUUGUUUUAUUUCCAUCAAAAGUUUUGCUAUAGCAAUUUUUAAAAUGCUAGUGAUAAGUCUUUGCCAUGAUCCAUAAUGCAGUGGUAUGUACCUAUAUUGAGGAUUUAAACAACAAAAGUAAAGCAGGAACUUUGAUGUAACCUUAAUUUAUUUUCAUUUUUAAAUAUUUCAUUGACUGUAUGGUUGUGUUACAUUUAACCUGUGUGUCUGGCUAGUGGAUUAUUACACUGUCUUAAUUUCCCUCCUACACUACCUUUUUCCAUAGAUUAUUUUGUAGGAUGCUUGUUUGCCUUGUAUCUGUACUUAGGAAAAGAACUUGGAUAUUAUCUCUAUGAGGAUGCUGUUAGAAAAUAAAGCCUUUAAAAGUUCUUUUUGAAUUUAAAUUUUUAAUACAAAGGUAAUUAGAUGCAGUCUUUUAUGGAUUGUUUUGGACUAUGGUAGUCUUUUUACAGAGAUACGUUUUUUUGGUUCUAGCUGCAGCUUGAAUAGGUAGGGUUGAAAUAUCAGAAUCUAAUAAAAACAUUUUGCCUCUA